UAUAAAACCGUCAAUUCGAAGGUACGCCUCUGCCGACGCUACUGCUGCUGCCUCUGCCAACGCUACCAUCGACGUCGCUGUUUAUUAUUAAGACGGGCGCGAGCGGACCCCACUUUAUUAGUUGUGCAAUACUAUUCUAGCCAAACGGUUUGCUGGAGUUUGCCAGCGAGUAGCGACUCGUACGAAAUACCGGGAACGGAAGUCCGAAAAUUCGAAAACCGAACGCAUCGAAAGUCGAGUUUCCGCCAAAGAAUCGAGUUCGGGCGCUCCGCUACGCAUUCACCGUGUGUGCUCAAUUUUUCCCUGUUCGGCGCUUUAAAAUAUAUUUUCAAAGACGAAGUGUCAGCAGCACGUGUAUUUUCUUCAUUUUUUUUUACGUUCAGAAGCCAUUUAUUUUCUGUUUUAUAAGUACUAUAGUUCGAGAUGGUCAAAACUGCCACCUUUUGGUGUUGCCUUUUCUUUACAUUAUGUGGAAGCUUUUUGACGGUUACUCAGGCCAAAGCAGCAACUAGCAACGCAAGCAGUUUUUUGGAGGUCUCGCUGCGCUAUUUUGAUGAGCAGCUUCUGCUGGACAUCCUGCCACGCGCCACGUGUCCUGGCGAGGAUGAAGGAUCUCCGAUGGACGAGUUUGCCGACCUGUUUACGGUGAGUCAACUCCGCCAGGGAUGGGUGGUGCUGCACGUCUUCGCUGCGGUUUACUUCUUUAUCCUGCUGGCCAUCAUUUGCAACGACUACUUCCUGCCGACGGUGGAGUGCAUCUGCGAGGACUUGCACCUCUCGAAGGACGUGGCAGCGGCCACUUUCAUGGCUACCGCCACCUCCAUGCCCGAAUUCUUCACGAACACGAUCAGCACGUUGAUCCUGGAGUCAGAUAUGGGCCUGGGCACGAUUAUCGGCUCGUUAAUGUUCAACACAUUGGGAGUGGCCGGCCUAGCUGCGCUCGCCAUCGAUAAGCCGGUGCAACUGGACUGGUGGCCCAUAGCUCGCGAUUGCUUCAUUUAUAUCUUCAACACGAUUAUCCUGCUGGUCUUGGCCUGGGGCGGAAGCAUUAGUUUCACGGAGUCCUGCAUCAUGAUGGGAUUCCUCGUGCUUUACUACAUUAUCACGUUCAACAACAACAAGUUCAUGCCCGCCAUCCGGGUGUUUAUCGAGGAUCGUAUGAACUGCUGCUUCUCCACGCGAUAUGAUCUAACGGAGCCCCCAGAGAACAGUGCCAAGGCGCAGCUUCCGCUCAAAAAGGAUCCUCUGUCCGGCGAUGGCCUCUUUGUUGUCAAUCUUCCCGAAAACACCUCUUCCAUGUCUUCCACCGCUAACCUAACACAUCCCAAGCAUCUUAACGACGAGGACGACGUCGCGGACGGAGUGCCCGAGAGCAUAUACGCUUACCCUCGUGACGCAUCCGGUUGGAGGCAAUUCUGGUGGAUCUUCGUCUUUCCCAUUAAGGUCACGCUAUCCCUACUGAUCCCGCACCCGAUGAAGUACCGCCGACUGUACCCAUUAUCAUUUAUCAUGUGUAUUCUUUGCAUUGGCGGAAACGCCUACCUUAUCGUCUGGAUGCUGACUGCCUUUGGUGUGGCCAUUCAUGUGCCUACCAUUGUGAUGGGUCUGACCUUUCUGGCUGCUGGCUCUACCAUGCCGGAAGCCGUCUCCAGUCUUAUUUCCCUCAGAAAUGGGGAAAAUGGCAUUGGAGUUUCCAAUUCGCUGGGCGCCAAUUCCUUGGCCAUCUUGUUAUCCCUUGGAGUGCCUUGGUUCAUUAAGAACUGUAUACACUACGGAACUGGGGAGCCCCAGCAGGUUGGCACCCAGGGCAUCGAGUAUAACAUCCUGAUCUUGAUCAUAUCCACUGUGGCGCUGUUCAUAAUCCUAAGCUUCAGUGGAUAUCGGCUUACGAAGCGAGUGGGUGUAGCCCUCUUCACGGUGUACGGAGUCUUUAUUGUUCUACAGAUCCUCAUCGAGAUGAAUGUAUUCUUUCCCAGAGAUUGCAGUAGCUAGUGAUGGACAAAGAUUUCUUGUGAAAAAAUCACCCUUGCACAAAUCAUUUGGUGCUGGCACCAGGAGAUUAUCACUAUUACAAAGAAAACCUAUUUACACGACCUACAUUUUUGUGUAGUUAUAUUUAGGAAAUACUAUACCAUCUAAAAAUAGUUUGAAUAUUUUAAAUGAUAAGUACAACAAUUUUAUGGCUUGACUGUACUUUGUAAUUAUCAUUUUAAUACUCCAUCAGGAAUCAGAGGCAGUAGACACCCUGUAUUUCUUACCCUACUUUACGAUUUAAUUAAUACGUAAGACUGUCUAUAGAUUUAGAAGACGAAGCUUCCAUCAGCUAUUUGUAUUUAUUUCGUGUUGAAUAUGUUUAUAUAGCCCGUAGUACGACCUACAAAUGUUUAAACCGUUACCAAAGCACAAAACGAGAUACUAGCAGUUAAGAAAAUAAUACACGCUUAUCAGGAAGAGUCCAUGAUAUUCACCCAUUAUGCCCAGGUCCGCCAAAACGCUGAGAAGAAAUUCGUAACAUCAUACACAACGUUCUGUUGAUAUUCCGCGUAUAUGCUUAGCGCUUUGGCAACUACUUGUUAACUUUGUCUAAUAUACUUGAUACCAUUAUUAUUAAUUUAUAAAUAUACCCUAAGACAAUUCUUACCGAAUCAUCCCUUCUUAUUAAAUUGUCUUUCAAACUGAUCCCGGGACUAUCUAGGGUCCAAUUGAUUAGACUCUGAAGCCAGUUUUUAAAUAAAACAGAGAUAAUUGGGUGGCGGUCUGUCGUUAGGCUUUUAGUUUCUUUCAGGGGAUUUACAAAUUCGCAUUGGGGAAUAAUUUAAAUUACCUUGAAGUUGUUACAUCACAAAUAAUAUCAUUGAAUGAGAUCAAGUACACCUUAAUACACAUCCAAUAUGCAAAAUUCGUGGAACGAUACCCAAGUUAAUUAAUUGGUGUGUAUCUAGGCGUGUACACUAUUUAUCUUAAAGAUAUAUAAGUACAUAUGUAAAUAUAUGGGAAACUUUAUGUCUCCAUUACCACUAAAUAUAAAUAAGUUUAAUAAAGGACUUUGUUUUUGUUUGCACGCAUUGGGUUGUCUUGGAGUUUCUCUGGGACUAAUCAUAUU